AUGAACGACAGUGCAUGCGCGUACGACUACUCUGUAGUAGAGGAUCUUCAAGGGAAGAACAUCACAGAGGAUGAUAAGCUAAAAUGGCCAUGUGAGCUGAGAACUCUGUGGGUAGACAUCCUCCCAUUUGUAACACUUGUCAGAGGUCUUCUUUCUUACGGUACAUCCAUAGUAAUCAUACUUGGUCUAAUAGCCAAUUGUUUGUCUUUCAUUGUCCUGACCCGGAAGCACAUGCGAAAGUCAACCACUAACUUGUAUCUGUCGGUUUUAGCAGUAUUUGAUUCGCUCUCACUUACCAUGAACUUCAUGAUCGGAGUAUUGAGGGGUCAAAAUUUGACCAUCAACAAGGAUUUCCAGGAUCACGAAUCACUCUGCAAAUUUCAUGGGGUUAUUGUGGAGCUCUUCAACCUGCUAUCAGUCUGGGUAAUUCUAUCGUUCACGGUGGAAAGAUUUAUAAUGAUAAAAUUUCCCCUGAAAGCCAAGGCAUUAACCGUUCAGCGGGCGGCACUCGCCAUCAUCGGAGUAUCAUCGGCUGUUUUCCUCUUCUCAAUGCACAAAAUCGCCGUUUCCGGUUUUGAGGGAGACUCUGUGUUUGGAUACAAAGCAUGCAAAACACGGCGAGCAAUUUUCCCGGAAAUCAUAUAUUUUUAUGUGGCAUUCAACACAUGGUUGCCAACGUUCAUCAUUGUUGGUCUCAACGCAUUAAUCAUUUUCGAAAUCCGGAAAAAUCAAAUCAAACGGAAGGCCAUGACUACCACAUCGUUAACCAAGAAAGACGAAAAAGCAACUAAGCUGCUGCUUGUUGUUUCAAGCACUUACGUGAUUCUGAUUUUGCCUCUAGGCUUGAUUCAGUCGACCGAGUUGAUUUGGAACACGACAGCUAAAGUCAAUCCCGGGUAUCCAGGUUACAUAGAUUACCAGUCAACUAAAAUCAAACUCAAAUGGGCUAGGGCAUUCUUCUUUUUCUUCUACCAGUUUAACUUUGCGAUCAACUUCUUUCUAUAUGUUUCAUCCUCAUCUGCAACAAGGUUUCAGGCAACCUUGAGAAAACUGUUCGGAUUGAAGGUCAAGGAAGAGGAAAUGACGUGGAUGCGCACACAAGCCACGAAAAGUAAUGCUAUUGCGCCAAAUGCACCGUCGGCAUCUGUAGUACCAGUUGAAUCGUAG